AUGCGCUCGCCGUUGCCGACGCGAGUGAGCAGUGCUUGCGAGAGAUGUCGUCGCCACAAAACCAGAUGCGAUCCAUUCCGGCCUUGCUCCCUCUGCGUGAGAGCCCAAGCGCAUUGCAGGCCGCUUUCAAUCACUCGUCCUCGCAGUACCACCCGGAUUUCUUUAGCAGUGUCCGCUAACUAUGACCAUGCAACCCCAGCACAACACACUGAGCGUGGCAGAGAUGAGCAUUACGCAGAUGGUCGUGACCCGUCUGGGCGGAUUGAGUAUGGAGAAGCAGAGUCAACAAUGGGGAUUGCUCAGAAAAUUGUGGGUUUAGAUCGGCAGCUGAUUGAUGAGCAUGCGACAUCCGCCAUCCCCGGCUACCAAGCGAGCACCAACGUCCCCAAUCGCCGUACGCUAGCUAUCGGCCAGAGGAUUCCAAUCUCAUCAAUAUUGGGUCAGGCGUUGCCUGCGACAGAAACCAUUUAUUUGUUACUUGAGGACUACUUUGAUGCGGUUCAUUGGUUCUCCCUUGUAAUUUACGAGCCGACCUUUCGCAGAAACCUCAACUCCAUCGCUGAUGGGCUUGCCUGUUCGUCACAAAAGUCAUUUCUGUUACUGCUUGCAGUAGUGUUGGGUAUGGGUGCGUGGUACCGAUCCCAGAAGGAGCCCAGGGAAUUGACGGACAACGACAACUGGCGCCGAUUGAGCACUGAACUUAUGAAGCUGGUCGAGUCACACCUUAUCGAGUUGAUGGAUCAGCCCUCUGUAACCGCAGCGCAGGUCCUGAUACUGUUCGGUUCAUAUUGCGUCUAUCACGGCCGACCGAAUCUGUCAUUUUCCAUACUUGGCGCAACGAUCCGAAUCUCGCAAGCUGUAGGGUUGCACCGGGAACCAUCGCGCGGUACAUUUGAGGACAACGAAGAAAGAAACCGAGUUUGGUGGACGAUAUACACAUGGGAUCGAUUCGCAUCGAUCACGUACGGCCGCCCGUUAGGGAUUAAUGAUAGAGACUGCAACAUAAGCAGCCCAGCGGAUACCUGGGAAAAUCCGUAUUUUGUGGCACCCCUGGCAGAACAAGGCCAUACCAUCUGCUAUUCUGCCUACCAGCGAGAACUGAACCGUCUUUAUCUGAUGGCUUCUUCAGCUCUAGAGGUUAUUUUCGGUUCGCGGACUUCGGGUUCAUCCAAGGACCUAGCCGGAGAUGCAUACCAUGCGCUGGUUAAAGAAGCAACCCAGAAACUACAUAGAUGGCGGAACGAGCUGCCUGACAACCUAGUCCUAAAUCUCGAAGAGGAUUUCCAUCCUGACGGCACGCCGUCAGCUAGAGCGCAUGCGCUACAAUCUUUGUCGCUUCAGUUGACUUACGACAACAUUCUCAUCGUUCUCCACCGGCCUCUGCUAGCCCGACAAGUCGACCACCUUUCGACAGAUCAUUCAACGCCCGGUGGAAGAGGUGGAGUUGACCAAGAUAACGGCCGUUUUAAUAAUAUCUCGCAAUCCCAAAAAGGCUCGCCGUUUGAAGCUCUGUCGCCAGGCUCAUCCGUGGCAAGCUCGGUACACUGGUGGAACGCCGCUCUGAGAACGUCACGGGUAACCGAGCUGCCAGUUCUUGCUCAACUUGCGACCGAUAGCCACUUAGUUGCCUUCCUCGCCAUCAAUUUAUUCAAUGCGGCCGUGGUAUUGGCGGUCAUGGCACUGAGCGAUCCAUUAUCAGACACCGCUCAAGUAGUCAAACGUACCAUUACGCGCAUUUUACGAUUGCAGGAUCUCUUGGGAAGGCGCUCAGCCUUGUCAAAGCAGAGCACGACGAUCUUAAAAAGGGUGGUCACGUUGCUCCUUCGUCGCGAAUCGGAAGCCAUCCUUGCCCCAAUCGCAGAGAAUACCCGAGACGAUGUUCAGCAAUCAUAUCAAGGAUCUGGGCGUAUGUCGGUGGAGGAUACUCUGCGACUACCCCUUGACGUGACGUUGGAACCGACCAACACGCACAUUGGACGCCAAGCCUGGCCGGAUCUUGCUACUGUCAUUCGCCUGAAUGAAAGUUUAACAUCGGUUCAAAACGUCGUACCUUCGGGAAAUGAUACUCUCCCAUCUGAUUGGUAUGCCGGCAGAGACGGUCACCUUGGCGACACCGUGGCCCAACCCCCAGGACGGACUCAUACCUGGCCGCCCUCUUGCGAGACCGAGUGGGAAAUAGCCAAUAUUCAGAGCAAUGAUCAGUUUAGUCCGACCCAGGACAACAGCGGAGACCAAGGGCUGUAUUGGCUCUGGGACAUGUCCUGGAACGGGGCGGGUCUUUAA